UCUUUCUUCAUCCUGAUGAUAGAAAAGGGGUAGGAAACGUUCACAGCAAAAUCUGUAAUGUUAAUUUGAGUUAAAUUCCCAGUGUAAAUUAUUCCGAGUGAAUGGGUGUUGAUUUGUGUGUUAUUUUAACACUUACAGUGCUGAAAAAAGCUCUGUGGGGGGCGUCAUUUCAAGGAGUUAGGAGCAUACACUCAUUUUGAGUUACUUUCCACAUCCGUUUUUUUCGCGCUCAUUCAUUGACGAGCAGGAUAUAUUUGUCUUCACUUACCGUGGCAGUGAAUUUUGCUAGCGCCCAGAAGAAAACUGUGUGGGAUUGGGAUAUUCGGUUUAAAAGUUGCAGUUUCAGGAUGUUGACAUGUUGCUGAAGGUGAAAUGCAAUAGUAUCAAGAAGUACAUCAAAUUGCACUCAGGCUUCACCUAUUCAGAAUUCAUCAGGGAAGAGUUUUCUCCUCUAGAUCAUUCAACACCAUCUUCCCUCACGGACACCAUAUCACUUUCUUCAAGUGACAGUGACCUUAGAGAACUGGGUAUUACCACAGGCAGAAAUAGAUCCAGCAAAGAAGACAUGAGCAGUUCUGCAACAAAGGCUUCCGUGUCAGAGGCGGCAAAGGAGAUGGUAGAAAAGGCCUUGCUUAAGAAGCCUGGAGGAGAGGAUAUUCUUGAGGAGUAAAAGUCAGAAAAUUCACUAAUGCACCGCACUCGGAGAUAGCUAGUCAACAUAUUGGCGAGUGAUAUGACUGAGAGACAUGGCAGGAUUCCUUCCCGUCAGCAGAAGGAGAAGUAUGCCCUGGGAAUUAUUACACUCUUUCCCUCACUGAAGGAUCCUUUUUCUCCAAAGGGCUAUGAGCAUUUCUAUGAUGGGGAAAAAGGCACUGGAUAUUUAGCGUGGCGCCUCAAAACCAUUUCCAGGACUACAGGAAAACGGCCAGUCAAGGAAGUCUCAGUACAUCAAGCACAAGGACCACAGCGCCGAAGAUCAGCAACCACACUGACUCAGCAGCUUGAUGGAGAUGCCUGCAGGGAGGCCAUUUCAUUUCUUGUUCACGCCCCUGAUGAAGCAAGUGUAUUUCAGAAGAUGAAGAUGACGUUUCAACAUCGUCAGGACCUAGUGCAUGACCCACAAAGAAGCACAGAUGUCUUCAAAACAUUUCCAUGCUUUUUGGAUGUCAAAGGACUGGUGAAUCAAGACUUCCUGCUGCUGUUUGGUGCUGAAACAGCCUCCAAGAUGCUUGAGAAGUGGGACACCUCAUUCAAGCCCAAGGUCAUCAAAGAGGCCAAACAACUGACUCCGACAACUGAGCUGUGCCGACUUCUAAAAGUUGCUGAGAAUCUUGCAGAGAACGAUGAAACGGACUGGGACAGUGACAUCGCUUCAAUUCUGCUUCUUCUCUAUCUCUUGCCACCCACAGCUGGACGGAAGAGGACCAAAAUAAGUCCAAGUGAUGCAGUGGACAAAAUGGUGCACUUUCAUAAGUCAUGCUGCAGCAUCAAUGAAUAUCUGCAGGAAAUGGAGAGUAAACAACCAUACAUCCUUGCCAUUGGCCGAACCCAGAAGGCGAUUGAUACCUUCUACAUCGCCGUUGACAAACAGCUCAUCCUCUGCCAAGCCACCAGCUCGUUGGGUGCUUUUGAUGAACUGUUUAAAUCUCACUACGUGUUCAACUUGUCUUAUGAUGAGUCCCUGGUCCAUUUCUACACUUUUCUGCAGACAACGGUCUACAACAUUGAUGUUACCACAACAGAGGAGUGUCCAAGAGUUCGUGAGUUGCGGGCAAAACUUUUGAAUGACAUAUGAAUAUGUUUAAAUGUUUCAUAUGUCAAGCAGUGCAUGCUACCAGCCAGUGCCUAAUAACUCAUUUGCGAAUCUGCCACAGUUUCUAUCCAAGCACUAGGUUUAAGUUAGUUUGUGCACAAGAUCAUUGUAGGCGUCAGUUUUCAACAUUUUCAGGGUUUAAAAAGCAUUUAAUUAGUGUGCAUGAUAAGGAUUGUCAAAGUGGUGAUGCAGAAACGUUAGUCAUUUCAGGUGGAUUUUCACAGUUUACAAAAUGGUACAGAAGUUGGAACAGAAGUUGCAGGAACAAGUGUUGUGCAGAGCCCUGACACUGGGUGUUUUGAUAACAAUGGAUCAGGUCAAAGUAUCAAAGAAAACACAAAAGAUAUCUGUGCUACAAUUAUUACCAAACUCCAUGGUAGUGGAAUGGCAAAUAGUGUAGUUUCGUCAAUUAUUAGUGAUUUGGAAGAAUUUGCUGGUGGUCUGCACUCCCAAGUUAAGCAUGAAAUACUGUCUGCUGUGCCAAAAGAUAACCCUGUAAGAUCUACAUUGGAAAAGGGUUUUGAGAAUUUUGAAAACCCAUUUGUGAGUUUUAAAAAGUUUUUUAAAAAAAAAUGUAGGAGUUCGAUUUGAUACAAGACGAAAUAAAAAUACAGGUACUUAUGAUCAGGUUCCAGUGAAAGACACUUUUGUUUACAUUCCAAUUUUGGAAACUAUUAAAUUUAUCUGUCGCAAUUCUUAUAUUUGUGAACUACUUGCAAAACCAUGUGUAUCAAAAGACUUUUGUGAAGACUUUUGUGAAGACUUUUGUGAAGACUUUUGUGACUUUUUAUGAAGACUUUUGUGAUGGAAGUUAUUUUAAGUCACAUCCAUUGUUUUCUAAAACACAGACUUCUUUACUAAUUCAGCUUUACUAUGAUGACUUUGAGACUGCUAACCCACUGGGUUCAAAAUGUGGUGUUCACAAAGUUCGUGCUCUCUAUUUUGACCUCCGAAAUCUGCCUACAAAGUUAAACUCUGUAUUGAUGAACAUCCAUUUGGUGGCAUUGUUUCACACAGAAGAUGUGAAAAAAUAUGGCUUUGAUCCUAUUUUACAGCCUCUGAUUGAUGACAUCAAAAUAUUGGAGAGUGAUUGCAUUGAUUUGCCUUUUUCAUCUGAAAAGGUCUAUGGGACUAUAUGUCAGAUAACUGGGGACAACUUGGGGAUGCAUGGAAUAAUGGGUUUUGCAGAGUCUUUCAGUGGACGUCACUUCUGUCGUUUGUGUUUGAUUGAAAAAGAUGAUGCUCAGAAUGUUUACAAAGAGGAUGACCCAAAGAUAAUCUUGCGUGGAAAAGAGGUUUUUGAAAUGCACUGCAGUGAGUUGCAAUCAGAUCCACAAAAGAUGUGUGUCUGUUUGGUCUAAAGAAGAAUUCAACUCUAAACAGCCUACAGUACUUUCAUGUUUGCUACAACUUUUCUUUGGACAUAAUGCAUGACAUACUUGAAGGGGUGGCUCAGUAUGAGAUAAAGUUACUGUUUGAAUAUCUCUCGGAAAAUGUGUUGUCAAAACCUGGUCUUUUGUCACGAAUCUAUGCUUUUGACUAUGGCUACUUGGAGCGCAAAAAUCGUCCGACAAGGGUCAACUUGGACAGUAUAGGCAAUAAUAUAGGACUCAACUCUAUUCAGACUCUUUGUCUGGUAAGAAACAUUCCUUUGAUUUUUGGUGACAUUGUGCCAGAAGGAAACCAGAAUUGGACUUUGCUGUUGCUUUUACUGCAGAUAAUUAACAUCAUAUUCUCUCCAUCAGUUACACUAGGCAUGACUGCAUUUGAAGCAUUUAAUAAUGGAACACUAUGACUUGUUAAAACACUUGUAUCCAGGUAGAAACCUGAUUCCUAAACAUCAUUUUAUGUUACAUUACCCAUCUUGUAUUUGAAAAAUUGGACCGUUAAUACAUAUGUGGAGUAUGAGAUUUGAGGCAAAACGCAGGGUUUUCAAAAGCAUACUUAAAAACUUAAAGAACAUCACUGUAUCACUUGCCAAAAAACAUCAAAUGUCCAUAGCAUCCAAUUGGGAAACAUCUCCUUUGAACCAUGUUGAGUACGGACCUUUGAAAACAUUUAAUGUGGACAAUGAGGAAAGUGGUGAAAUGUUUGCCCAAGCCCUGCCCGCUGUAGCAAAAGACAUCUUCUCUACUAACUGGGUAAAGAUCAGCGGGGUAGAGUACAGA